UCUCUUCGCAGUGACCAUCAGAAAAUCAAAACAAAAGCACGGGAAAAAAAACUCUCUCGUUUUUAUCAAUUUUUUUCACCUAAAUGGGCAAAUUGGAGCUGUCUCAGACUCUGUCAGGGCACAAAGGACGUGUCUGGAAUGCUGCCUGGCAUCCCACGGGCAGUGUCUUGGCCACAUGCGGCGAGGACAAGACCAUCAGGAUCUGGCAGCAGGAGGGCUCCAGCAGAUGGGUGACCAAGACAAUCCUGUCAGACGGACACAAUCGCACAAUCCGGAGCGUGGCCUGGUCACCGUGUGGACAGUACCUGGCAGCAGCCAGUUUUGAUGCCACUGUGUCGAUCUGGGACAAGAAAUCAGGGCAGUUUGAGUGCAAUGCGACGCUGGAGGGGCACGAGAAUGAGGUGAAGAGUGUGGCAUGGUCAGUGUCUGGGCAUUUGCUGUCCACGUGCAGCAGGGAUAAGUCUGUGUGGGUGUGGGAAGUGUCUGAGGAGGAUGACUUUGACUGUGCUGCUGUCCUCAAUGCUCACACGCAGGAUGUGAAGAAAGUGGUGUGGCAUCCAAAGGAGGACAUCCUGGCAUCUGCCAGCUACGACAAUACCAUCAAGCUCUACAAGGAAGAUCCCGCGGACAGUGAUUGGAUUUGCACAGCUACUCUCACGUCUCACAACUCAACCGUCUGGAGUCUGGCCUUCUCGGCGGACGGGAAGCGCCUGGCGUCCUGCAGUGAUGACAAAGCCGUCAAGAUUUGGCAAUCCUACGCUCCAGGAAAUGAAGAAGGCAUCGCCACGCCGGACAAUGACACCGCCUGGAAGUGUGUCUGCACUCUGUCCGGCUUCCACAGUCGCAGUGUCUACGACGUCUCCUGGUGUCAUCUGUCCGGGCUCCUGGUCACAGCUUCUGGCGAUGACAGCAUCAGAAUCUUCCGAGAGGCUGAAGUCUCAGACAAAAAUAGUCCAACAUUCGAAUUAGCCGCAGCAGAAUCCCGAGCUCAUGCCCAGGAUGUCAACUGUGUCAGUUGGAAUCCCACCAAGAGGGGUCUUCUCGUGUCUACUAGUGACGAUGGUGACGUCAAAAUGUGGUGCUUCACCGAAUAAAACUUGUAUUUCUAUUUCCAAAGCUAAAUAAAAAAUUUCUAGAACACA